GGCAAAAACUAUAUCUUAUACUUAUAGAUACUAUCUCUCAUUUAUGAUAAUAUUUUUUCCACAAUUUCUUGGCCUGUCUGGCCGGAUUCUUGCUGUCCCCACGUGACUGAAAUUCAACCACAUCUCAUCCCACAACUGCAUCUACACUUGCGUCCCGCGCCAGCCAACCUCUCGCCAAAACGUCGACAUCUGCUCUCAUUGACGGUCAGAGCCUGUUUGAAAAGCAUCUGGACGUAACUCAAGGCCUAUUCAGCAUCUUAACACGCCACUAGGAUGCCGCAAAGCCUGGCCUCGCUCUUGCAAUCCUCGUCCAUUGUUGACGACGACGAGGUGCUGCAGGCCGCCAACGCUGCCAUCAGCUCCAACAAGAACGAUAUCGUCGCCCAACAAACGAAAGUUGUCGCUCUCCUAAAGCUUGACCGAUUCGACGAUGCUAUUCGAUUCAUAGCCGGCUGUGGAGACUCGCUCGCCAGCCACUGCGCCUUGGAGAAGGCAUAUGCCCUCUACAAGGCUGGCCAGAUUGAUGAAGCGGCCGCCAUUAUCAACGAUAGCGGAGAUAACGACCCUCGAUUCAAACAUCUGGCUGCUCAGGUAGCUUACCGUGCAGAAAGAUUCCAGGACGCCGCCUCCAUCUACAACGAGCUGGUAGCUACCGACGAUGAUUGUGACUUGAAAAUCAAUGCUGCUGCCGUCAGCGCCCAGCAAGAAUGGCUCGGCUAUUCAUCCAAGAUUGGUGGUGGUAUCCCCGAGACAUUUGAGCUCUGCUACAAUGUUGCCUGCUUUGAAAUCGCAAAGGGAAACUACGAUGAAGCCACGAAGCUGUUACAGAGAGCCGCUACCCUUUGCAAAGCCUCUGAAGAUCUUGGCGACGAGGACAAGCAAGCAGAGUUGAGGCCAAUCUGGGUCCAACAAGCAUAUGUUUACGCCCGUCAAGGAAAUAUGAAGGAAGCCUUGGAUUUGUAUACGUUGCUUGGUUCUACAGACGACUCUGACGCCGACUUUGCCGCCGUCGCCAAAAAUAACCAUACUCUGCUCUCAGGCAACACGGAAAACCCAUACAUUCAGCAACGUGAGAUGGAAGCUGUUGUAGCUGCAGCAAAGCAAGCGAAGCUCUUCAGCUACCAGAGUUUGAGACUAGCCAAGAAUGUCUAUGUGACCGAUCUCAACGCUCACAAGGCCACUGGUGUGCGGUCCAAGACGCGCAAGGAGCUAGCCAAAGAAACACAGCCCACCAUCCAGUCAAAUUACACCCUCGCAGGCGUCAUCAAUGCUGCCGCCUCAGUCAACCAAGGCACCGCCCAAACAGCCAUCCGCACCCUUCAAAAUGCCACAACCAAGCGUUCUCUCGAUGUCGGCCUGGUACUCGCCAUUAUCCAACUACAGCUUGACCAGCAUCGCGCUGGCGCUGCCACCGCUACUCUCGAAUCCCUCUUCACACGUCUUGAGAAAAUCGAUACAGAUGAGGCGCGCGACGUCCGAUACAGCCCAGGCCUCGUUGCGCUGUCCGUGUCUUUAAUGAAGAAGCAUGGCCGCCAAAACGCCGCAAAGGCCGAGUUUUCCAAAGCCGCCAAACACUGGAUCGCUCGCAAGGACGCUGCCGCGUACUCCUCCUCCAUCCUCACCGAAUCUGGCGUCCAGCUGAUGCGCUCUUCCGACACCGAUGAGCUCAAGCUUGCCGGUGCUGCCUUUGAAAAGAUCUUGGAGAGAGACAGCAACUGCGAGAUCGCAUCUGCCGGCCUCGUCGCCUCCCUCGCCGUCCUUGAUGGCUCUACUGCUGCCAAGCAUGCCACCGAAUUACCCGCUGUAGAAGACCUUGUCGACGACGCCAACGUUGACGCCCUCCUCAAGGCCGGUGUUGCCGUCUUGCCCGGCCAAGCCCCCACAAAGAAGCGCAAUGCCGCCGAUGAUGGCAACUCCGCUGCCGCAAAGAAGCACAGAAGGAGAAGACUGCCCAAGAACUUUGUGGAAGGUCAAACUCCUGACCCUGAGCGCUGGCUGCCCCUGCGUGACCGCUCGACCUACAGACCCAAGAACAAGAAAGGAAAGAAGAAGAUGGCCGAUUCCACUCAGGGAGGACCUGUGAAGGAUGAAGAGACACUCGAGCUGGUCGGCGGUGGUGGCGUCAAGGUUGAAAAGGCCUCUGGGGGAGGAGCCAAGAAGAAGAAGAAGGGCAAGAAAUGAGCUUAUGGCUAUGAUGCACUAGCAUAUGGUUUGGCGGUGUUCCAUUUGAAUUUAUUUUAUUCUGUUUAAAAAGACAAAGAUUUUUUCAUAAUUCAAAAGCAAGAGUCUAUAAACAAUUUCUAACUCCGACCACCUUGAGGGCAUGCUGCUUGUAUAGGCUCGUUCGCUUCAUUUCGCUACUCUGUCAGUUCUGUCCAGCCAUUCUCUGUAUAAAACAUGUAUAAUAUUCGCUUCCUGCCAUCUUCCUCUCUCAUACUUGUACAGCUCGCAGCGCUGGGGCUGCCAGUGUAGAUACUUCCUCUCCAACUUCUUCGUCUGAGCUCUGCUCUGUUCCAUCUCCAGAUUGAUUCUUGCGGGGAGGCAAGUCGUGCUCGUCGUCCGUCUCGCUAUGUUCCUCACCACUGUCUCCGUCACCAUUCUUGGAGCUAUCACUAGCAGCCGUCUUCACAAUAACCACUGAUCCUUCGUCGGAAUCGAAAUCGGAAGUCUCUUCACCUUCAGAGUUGUUGUCAAUUGGUGGGAGAGAUGAGCGACGAUCGUCAGUGACGCUGAUGGCAAUAUCACUGUCGCCAUCAGAUGGAACAGUGAGUCUGCCUCCAGCUGACACAUGCCUAGCAGCCUGGGCUGACGAGUAUUUUCUAUGUAGCUCGCGGAAGCUCAUUGCUGUAGCUGUGCUAGCGCUGGCUUGCGAUUCUCGUCGUUUAGUUUCAGCAGUUUCAAUCUGCGUCUCCAACGCAGAAGUAAACGCCUCGUCUCCCGUAAUGCUCAAAUUAGGUGAGGUAGGAGCUGCUUCUGCUUGGUGCUGUUGCUUCCACGUGGCAAGCUUGUCAUCUCUCGUCAUGCUGGAAAUCUCAGUGCCCAGGUUAAUAACAGAGGCCUUUUUGCCAUGUACAACAAAGCUACCAGUCCCACGGGCCAGGGUGCUCUCUUUAGUCGUCUCGUCAGUCGUUGUAGAUGUGCCAUCUUUGCCGCGUUUGCUGCGGUGCGAAGAGAGAUGGCCAGCACUUUCUCUAAGAGUGCGAUGCAGGCUUCUGCGCACCUUAGUUCUAUCACCCUUAUCGCGAUCUUGCCCGGCGCCAGUUUCAGAAGCUUCGUUGGUAGCCGACGUUUUAUCUGUUGGCGACCCUUCAAGCACACCAGAACGGCGCAGUAAUGCACGCUCUUUCGCAUCGUAUUCAUCAAGGUGAUUCGAACUAUUUGAUGCUGGCCGCUCGUCAUCCUCAGUGGCCACCUUCGACUGAUGUUUAGACGCUUUUGGAGUCGUAACAGUGUCAUGCGGCAAAUCAGGCUCCUCCUCGACGUCCGCAUUUCCGCCCUGGUCAGCCUCUGCAUCACCUACUGCCUCCUUUUCAUCAGUGGUACACGAUGGUGAUUUGAUUCCUUUGGAGCUCUCUGUAGAUGUUGACAGUCGCCUAUCUGGACCGCCACGAGCUGGAGAUGCUGGCGCUGGUGAUGCAAUUUUCGGCACGGUAGGGUUUGUCGGGGUCUCAUCUGUUGCAACGGCACUAUUUGACGCAGACGCUGGUAGUCCCACAGGAACGGCGUCUUCCGCAAGGUCUUGCCUGAGAAUGUCACGAUGGCAUUUUUCUUUCCAAAUUUCCAUUCUUGUCCAUUUUAGUUGUGCGCUCAUACGAGCAGCCGCCAAGAGGAGUUGGUCUCUUGAUCUAGGCUGAACAGGCGCUAAAAUUUGCAGAUGGCGUGCAUUUCGAAGCUGUUCAUCAAGUUGUCGUUGGCACUCUUCGACCUUAGUAUCGCAUUCGUCGAUCUUCUCUCGCAUGAUAUCUCUUCUCGCUGAUUGGAUAUCUUCAACCAUCUUACGGUCGAUUUUGCUGCGGGCGAUUGUAACAGGUCCGCUUGGGGUCUGAAUCAUUUGCGAAGCAUCAGAGCUAUCUAGACGGCGUAAGCCACGGCGGCCUUGGCCGUCAUAGCUACCACCCACAAGACCUCUCAUUCUGACGCCAGUGGUGCGGAAAGCUGCAGCGUAGUUUAGCUUUGCCAUCCAGUCGUUGAGCUCAUCUUCAGUGUCUGCCAGCAAGACUUCAUCAAGACAUCCCUGCUUAACAUAGACAAAUGCAUUUUUAUGCUUUUUAUAUGUCGUAUCCAUUAGCGCCACAGCGCCAUUUGUGGACAUGAGCGCAUCAGGCUUAAACUCUUCAAGUGGAGGGUUGAAGAUAAGGGGAAUUCCAUCGUGACCGGCUUUGAUGUGGUUGUCGUACUGGUGCAUCAAGUUCUUGAUCCAGCUGGUGUUACGGAAGAAGUACAGCUGUGCGCCAGUAAGAAUAGCACCCCAUUCUUGCCAAGGCGACCUGGUUUUCCUCUUUUUGGCAUCCUUUCGCCAAAGCAAGCCAACCUUUGUAACUUUGAUAUCGACGAUUCCUGGAUCGGCUUCUUGAGGGUUUGUCGCCGUCUUUUCGGACAUGAACGCGUCGGGCCGGGAUCUUGCAGAAACAAUCUGUAAAACGCCGGUUCUGAAAAAUGUUUUUUGUAAAUCUUUCAUAUUAAGAGAUGAUGAUGUUCCAAGAUAGUUGAAAGGAUCGUCGAGAUACAUAGCAUCUUUGAGAUUCGGACGCAAAAUGUCGAGGUUUCCAUCUAUAAUCAACAUAUAAGGAUCGAUAGGUUCCUUAGCCGCUCGUCUAGCUGCUUCGUUUGCAGCCCCGGGAAGAAUAGGUUUGCGUUUUGACUUGCCGUUUGUCUUUCGAUCUGUGCUAAUAUCGAUGUCAUCUUCGACGUGGAUAAAGGGAGUGUAAGAAAUAUUGUCGUAAAAACAUUCCAAUACAUCCUCAACAAUGCCUUCUCCGCGGGUAUUUUUGAUGUAAUCCGAUUUUUGCAUCUUGUAUUUGUUAUUUUUAUUGAAGACAUCCGUAUGUAAAAUGAGUAAUGAAAAGGCGAUAAAGUAUGCUUGGUCUGGAGAGGAAUAGAUGCCGGGGUUGCAUUCGUGGUAUCUGUUGGCAAACGCCUGUAGAAAACGGUCGAUCUGCUGCGUUUCUUUUGGCAGUUCAGCUUCCAUGAGCAGCUUCCUUAGAGCCAUAUCCAUAGGAUCUCCAAAAAAGCUAAACUUGCGCAUGUAACUUCGCAGAACAUUGAGAAAGAACUGAUCGUUACUCUUGGAUAACGCGGCCGCAAUGGCGCCCAUUACCGCCAUAUCUUCAAGCCUGGCUAGAUAUUUGGCCGCUGAUUCCUCGUCCUGCCUUUCCGGUAAUACUAAAGUAUCGCGAGCGAGCUGCAAGGAAUUGUUUUGAGACCCAAUGGACCCUGGUGUAGCUGGGGUUAAGGUACCCUGCCGCGUAAGUUCUGAAUUUUGGCGAAGCCUGCUGAUGCCCAAUAAAUCUCCAAAGCUCUUCCGGCCAGUCGAUGUUGAAGUUCUAGUUGUGGGUGGUGCGAGAAAGUCGUCAGUCGAGUCUCGGCCCAGCGAGCUAAGUGUUGAGGAUCUCCCUCUAAUCAUGCUAACCCUGGUUGGAGAGGAAUGACCCGAUUUACCAGAAACCGUAUUAAAGGCUGUAGAGGCACUCGCCUUUGGAAACUCAUUAUCGGUACCGGUUUGGGUAGGAGCAGCACUGCGAGCAGAUGCAGGGCGAGUGCUCAAUUUGGAGACCAGAGAUUGUGACGUUGAAGACGGUUCAAGUUUGCCUUUCUGUGGGAGGUGACCAAUAGGGAAAAAUGGCUCGGGGGUGUUUUUAGCUCGGCGGAGUCUAAAGAUUGAAGAGCUUGGGGUCUUCUUUGGUGUGACACUGGGGCUGGAAAGCCCAGUGGUAUCGAGCGAGCUUAGAUCGGAACGUGACGAUUCAGACUGGCGGGUAGGGCCGAAACCAGAGGCAUUCGAUCCAGCCGGUUCCUUUCGACUAUUUCUGGGGGAAGACGAUCCUAUAGUUGAAAAGGAUGUUCGUAUUCUCUCGUCGCCGAGCGACUUGCGGCUGAGCUCUCCGUUGGCAGGGUUGGGCUCUGGGCGGUGAAUGUCGCUUGAUCUACGGAACCGUGAACCAAGAUUCAAGCGAGAGGACGCUUUUCUAGGGCCUGUGAGGUCGUUGGUAGGUGCUGUAGUGAUGAUAGCUGGUG